CUAUCCAGCUGACAAUCCGCUUAUGUAAUGUUGGCCAUUCCGCAGUUUUAACACCACACCUAGCGCCAUAGAGCCGUUCUGUUCUUAACAGCAGCCACUUUAAUGUCUGACGAAUUUACUGCUUUUUAGCGCAUUCGAGAUUUUCUUUCCCGGAUUAAAGAAGCGCAAAGCUACAGUAGAUAUCCUCUGUGUGUGUGUGUGUGUGUGUGUGUGUGUGUGUGUGUGUGUGUGUGUGUGUGGACUCGACAUGCGGGGGAAGUAGAGACGCAACUCGUCGUGACAGAACUGAAGACUCAGUCGGAUUAUUAUUAUUAUUAUUAUUAUUAUUAUUAUUAUUAUUAUUAUUACUGAUCAGCUGAAAUGAACUCCGUCACUGAGGAAUAUUUGUCGCAGCCUUGAGAGAUGGAUUGUUGGCUGAACCUCAGCAAUAAUCCAGACAAAAAUAUAUCUUCAGGAGAUAAUCCCAUGAGAGGCCUGCUGCGGACGCCGGGGAGCACCGGACCCACCGGUUCCUCUUCCACUGACGUCUCGAACGAACUGAGCAGCGUUAACAUUCACACGGAGCCACCGAUGAGACACAAUGUUCACGAGCCAGAUGCUAAAACAUUCAAAAUGCAACAAAAGAUGAAGGAAGGCUUUAACCUAAAGGAUAACCUGGCUCUGUUGAACGAGAGCAUCGCCAAUUUAAACCGCAACUCCAAUUCAGAAAACGUGUGCUUUCGAACCCCUGACACAUUUACAUUCAAAAUGCAGGAGUUUUAUCCAUUGGAUAAAUCGGACUAUGACUUUGGCUCCUACGACCAAAAGGAAAAAGACGAGUCUGGGAAUGUGAGACUGAUAGAAGAGAACACACUAGAUAUCCUACGGAGUCUGGAGCUGCCUUCUGGCUCUCUUUCAGACCUGAAUGAGUUCUGUGUGACAAACGACGAUGCUUUGUUCCCGUCCCUGUCAGUGGAGGACGCACCGCUUUCAGACAACAGCAUGCUGGAGGAUGGCAAACCUGUUCUGCCUCAAAAAAACAUUAAUGGGAAUGAUAAAGCACGUCCACAGCAGACUCUGGAACAUAACCUCAAUGCUCCUGUCAUAAAGACAGAGAAAGAAUCAGAUUUUAUUCAGUUGUGCACGCCUGGGGUGAUCAAGCAAGAAAAUCGGAGAGGCUACUGUCAGGUGAUGGCCAUGUCUGGGCAUCCUGGAGCGUCCAACAGCAUGGACAGCCAGUCAUGCCAGUACGGACCCAGUGCCUCUUUACCAGACCAGAAGCCCGUGUUAGGUGUGUAUGGACCUUUGGCAACUGGAAGUGAUGACUGGAUUCAGGGAAAUGGAUUUGGGAACGAGUCGGGGAUGCAGAGAGCCAACAGGUCUGUGUCUCAACCAUGUCCUUCCACCUACACAUACAGCAGUUCGGUUCUGAGGCCUGACGCUGCUGCCACUUCAAGCUCGUCUGGUUCGGCUCGACCCAAAGGCCCGGGCAAUAAGAUCUGCCUGGUGUGUUCAGACGAGGCAUCAGGGUGCCACUAUGGCGUUCUGACCUGCGGGAGCUGCAAAGUUUUCUUCAAAAGAGCUGUGGAAGGAUGGAGAGCACGACAAAACACACACGGACAACACAACUAUCUGUGCGCUGGGAGAAACGACUGCAUCAUCGACAAGAUCCGCAGGAAGAACUGUCCGGCCUGCCGCUUCCGCAAAUGUCUCCAAGCAGGCAUGAACCUAGAAGCACGCAAAAAUAAAAAGCUGAUCCGCCUGAAAGUGCAGCAGGCUACAGCCGAGUCCCCGCCCUUCACAGCCAGCGAGCAUCAGUUCUCACUUGUGCUGAAGUCCAUGCCUCAGCUCUCUCCCAGCAUGCUGUCACUGCUGAAGGCUAUUGAGCCUGAAAUCGUGUACUCUGGUUACGACAGCACCAUCCCUGACACCUCCGCACGCCUCAUGACCACCCUGAACCGACUCGGGGGGCACCAGGUCGUCUCCGCCGUCAAGUGGGCCAAAGCCCUGCCAGGUUUCCGGAAUCUGCACCUGGAUGAUCAGAUGACUCUGCUGCAGUGCUCCUGGUUGUUCCUCAUGUCCUUCAGCCUCGGAUGGAGAUCUUACCAGCAGUGUAACGGAGGCAUGCUGUGCUUUGCCCCUGACCUCGUCAUCAAUGAGGAGAGGAUGAAGCUGCCUUACAUGACUGAACAGUGUAAACAGAUGCUGAAGAUCACCAACGAGCUGGUGCGUCUCGAGGUCUCCUACGACGAGUAUCUGUGUAUGAAAGUGCUGCUGUUGCUCAGUACAGUACCGAAGGACGGGCUGAAGAGCCAGGCUGUGUUUGAUGAAAUCCGUAUGUCCUACAUUAAAGAACUGGGUAAAGCCAUCGCCAAGCGGGACGAUAACUCCAACCAGAACUGGCGGAGGUUCUACCAGCUCACCAAACUUCUGGACUCCAUGCAGGAGAUGGUAAUGGAACUUCUCAACUUCUGCUUCUACACAUUUGUGAACAAGUUCCUGAGUGUGGAGUUCCCUGAGAUGUUGGCUGAAAUCAUCACCAACCAACUUCCUAAGUUUAAAGACCGGAGUGUUAAACCACUUCUCUUUCAUCAAAAAUGACUGCUUACAUGACGACAAUGCCUUAAACUCCACCGGUGGCCUUCACCGGCUUCACUGAGUGACACUGCAUGUUCUUUUUUUUAAGUGUGUGUUUUUGAGAGAGAGAGAGAGAGAGAGAGAGAGAGAGUGUUCAUGGGCUAGAAUAGGACUGAAGAUACACACACACACACACACACACACACACACACACACAUAUAUAUAUAUAUUAGAGGGUCUUUUUCAACCCUUUCUUCUCAUAAAUCACCGUAUAAUAUUUUCUGCAGAAGUUGGAUCUGGGAGAAGAAAAUCUUUACAAUCUUAACAGAUGAAUAUCAGAGAAAGGGAAAAUGUGCCUUUAAAAAUUCAAUUUUUCAUUUUGUAAAAGCUUUUCAUGUUUUUUGUCUUUGUGCCUUUUUGAGCUCUCCUUUAAAACAGCAGUGUUUGGUUUGUAAAGUUAUCUGUGAUCCUCAGGAGUGAUGAAAGUCAGGACGCAGCUCUUCAUCCCGUCUGCUGCGUCUCAAUGAUUAGAAAAAGCUUCUUUUUUCUUCUCUUUAAGGUGUUUUGUCUCUGGCUAAAUGUACUUCAUGCUUUUGUGUAAUUUGUACAUCCCUGAAAUCAGGCAUUAAACGACCUCAUUAACAUUUAUCUUCAUA